UGUACGUGUCAUAUCGGAUUAUAGGAAUUAUAAGAGUUUCCUUAAUUUAUUAAUUGGUACUUUUGAGUCCUAUUAAAUGCAAACUUAGUUAUUACAUUUUUUUGCUAAUGGUUUAUCCUACAUAUAUUUUUAUGAUUUGUUUGUUGGCCCGUCGUUAUGAUGUUCGGCGGGCAUGUUAAAGACAAUGUUGAAAUGCUUGUCAGAAUGUAAUCGGAAUAUUUUGUUGGGAAAAUGGGAACUAUUACCAUCGCGUGUUACUGUGUGUAAGGUGUUGUUCGUUCUUCAAAUGAUGUUAAACUUUGCAGUUGGAAAUAAAUAUUACGGUAUUAAAAUUGAAAAUGGAUUAAACAAAAACCUUUCAUCAAAAGAAAAUAUGGAUGUUUAUUAUUUAUCAAUAAAUACUCCGAAAACGACCAAGUCAGAGACGAAGAGUACUGUAGUAGAAAAAAACCCACAAACACUAGAAGACGGAUAUACAUUCGAUAAUAACAAUAACUCUUUAAAAUUUGCCAAUUGCUCACACGCAGCUGCCAGGAACGGAAAUGAAUCGAACUCAGUCAAUCAUACGUGUAACAACUUCCUGUCAAACGACAGUGAAACAAUAAAUCGGACACGCUUACCGUUAUACAUCGGUGGCCUGUUUGAACUUUCUGGAAGUCGCGGUGAAGCGCUCGGACGUUCUGAACUGACAUCUGCCCGACUGGCGAUUGAACACGUGAACAGGCGUGGUCUACUGCCGGGCUAUAAACUUAUUCUAUUGCAGAAUGACACCAAGUGCGACCCGGGGGUGGGGAUGGACGCUCUUUAUGACCUUAUCUACCGCCAUCCUCAACUUAUUAUGGUCAUCGGAGGCGCUUGUUCAGAAGUCACGAAAACGCUCGCAGAAAUUGUGCCUUACUGGAAUCUCCUUAUGGUGUCUUUCGCGUCAACGUCGCCUGCUCUGAGCGAGCGGGAAAAGUACCGGACGUUCUUCCGGUUGGCGCCGGCCGACUCUUCCCAAAAUGCGCCCCGUGCCAUGUUCAUAUCGCACUUCGGCUGGGAUACUGUAGCUACCUUGUACGAGAUGGAAGGGGAUAACUCACUGGCCAUGGAUGAGAUGGGUAACGCCCUCGAGCAGCACAACAUCACCAUCAAGGUCUCAACCUCCUUCCGUCGCCUAGAAGACAUCCAUGCCAACUUGAUUGACAUCAAGAAACAAGACGCGAGGAUCAUCAUCGGUGGAUACUCGGAGAGAGCGGCUCGUCAUGUGCUCUGUCAGGCAUACAAGCUAGGCCUUUAUCAGCCGCGGUACGUAUGGAUCUUAUUGGGGGACUACGUGGAACGCUGGUGGGAGGCGGCCGGCGACACGUCGUGUACUAAUCACGAGCUGAGAUCCGCUGCUCAGGGCUACUUUACCAUCGACAGCCUUAACUCGCUUAGUGAUGACGAGAAAUCAUCGGCAAAUAUCAGCCUCCGACAGUUCCUGGGGGACUACGACAAGGAGGGCGGACCGCGGCCACUUUCACCUUACGCAACAAGCACGUACGACGCUGUAUGGACCGUCGCCCUCACGCUUCAGGCUGCGUGGAAAGAACAAAAUAGGACAGUGCUGGAGAAGUUUACAUAUCAGGGUGGCUUGAAGACCAGGCAGCUCUUCUUUAACAUCAUGCAAAACAUGGGCUUCCUCGGAAUCUCCGGCCCAGUAUCUUUCAAAGGACCUGACAGAAAAGGAAUAUCAGUGAUCAGUCAAAACCAAUAUGGAACCAUGACGCGAAUUGCUCUGUUUGAGCCGAAUGAGGGAAAGCUCAAUUUUGACCCUGCCACAUGUAGACCCAUUUUGUGGACUGGUGGUAGAGCGCCGCGGGAUAAGACGGUGCUGGUGGCCCGCCGGAAGAAGAUCCACAGUGCUGCAUUCGUGUGUGUGAGCUCUAUAAGUGUAUGUGGACUGGUGCUCGCUUCCGGAUUCCUUGCCUUUAACUUGUAUCACCGAAAGCUUAGAUACAUUAAACUCUCCAGUCCUAAGCUGAACAACAUGGCGGUAGUCGGUUGUAUGCUGGUGUACGCCGGUAUUGUUGUGCUCGGAUAUGAUGAUUCGGACAUGGCCCCGAUACCCUUUUCUGUGCUAUGUACAACGCGAGCGUUCCUGUUCUCUUCUGGCUUUUCGCUGGCGUUUGGCGCCAUGUUUACAAAGACGUACCGCGUGCACCAGAUCUUCACCCGUGCCAACAGAGGCCUUAUCAAGAGCAAGCUACUACGUGACCAGCAGCUGCUGUGUAUCGUUGGAGCGCUCCUUCUGCUCGACUCACUCGUGCUGCUCGUUUGGGCCGUCACUGACCCCAUGCAAAAACACGUCACCGACCUUAACACUGAGGCGGCAGAGAACGACGAGGACCUGUUGUACAUUUCCCAGCUGACCACGUGCCGCUCUAACCACUUGGACAAAUGGACGGGCGCCCUGUAUGCCUACAAAGGCCUUCUUCUUAUCUUCGGGCUUUACAUGGCCUGGGAGACGCGCCAUGUCAAAAUCCCCGCGCUCAACGACUCGCGCUACAUCGGAAUGAACGUCUACAAUGUCGUAAUAAUGAGCGUGCUCGUGGUGACGCUCUCGAACAUUCUUUCUCACCAACCAACGCUUGCCUACGUCAUGGAAUCAUCAUUCAUGCUUAUAUCAACCACCACGACACUUUGUCUGCUUUUUGUACCUAAGAUAUACGCCUUAAUGACGUCGAAGGGCGAGCCGGUGAUCGCGGCCUCUGGUAUCACAGUUGACGCCAACUGUCGUCGCUUCGCAGUGGAUGAGAAGCGAGAGCUCUACUAUAGGGCGGAAGUUCAGAACCGUGUAUACAAGCGGGAAAUUGUGGAGUUGGAGCAAGAGAUCAUAAGACUGGAACGGCUGUUGGAACUUCCGGUUGCUCCUUACCCAAGGAUCACCAGCGAGCUGCUCUAUCUCCUUCCGGAGUCACGAGUGGACGCGACCCCUACCCACGGCCGAAUACUUCAGGAGAAGGAACUAUGCAAUUCCAUAUCGGAUGCUGGUGACAUAUGCAUGGGUGUUUCGGAGGAAAGGUCGGAAGUUUACAACGUGAACGACAAACCAGAGGAAGACAAGACGCCAGCAAAGCCCUUCCGCCUACGGGCGAACCGUCUAAGCAUCCGGGUAGCUAAAAACUACGCUUACAAUAAACUUUGCAAACUACGACCGCGUUUUAGCGUCGGUCACGUGAAUUUUAAGUACGAUUACCACGAGUAUGAAGAUCUCAAGAGUGCGACCAUUUCUCCAGACGGGUUCUUGUCACUUGGUAGAGCUCGUUCCUCACAUCCGUUGUUACGCCAGGAAGCGGUAGAUGAGCGACGGGCCCUUGGAUUCAUGUCAGAGCUCAAGCAAAGUUCCGAAAAGAGUGAAACAAAAACUCUGGACACUCACAUAUCAGAUGACGACGAUGACGACAAUACAUAUUCGUCAGUAACGUUUACUGUUCCUCGAGUUACAGACACGUGGCUGGCUCCGUCAACAAGUGAUUUCAAAGGUUGUGAUGAUGACAAUACUGUGCCUGCAGCGCACACAGCGGUGUCUUUCAGACGCCGACGGAAAUAUGGCAACACACUAGAGGUUCCGUCCACAUUUGAUGAGUGCCAAAUAACAGAAGUAGACGAUCCAGCGGAAAACCGAUCACCGCGAUUUCGGCGAGCAAGAUCCAUUUUAGAGCAUGAACGACGGACUCGUAUUAAAAAACUUCAGUCUGAUUUACGUAAAAUACAAAAGGAGCUUCAGGACUUGGAUGAACUAGAAUACACGGUGUCGGUUGUGUAAUUCGUAAUUAUUUCUUCUAUCAUGCAGCCAUUUCCAUUAGCGUUCCUGUUAUAUUUUAAUGUGUUUAUUUCUUUCUAUUAUAUACUUCAGAUUCAGAGCAAUAAGAAUUUUAUUUGAUGUUGAGAAUAAAAGUGGUUAUGUACGUGACGUAUAUGAAUUAUUUAACUUUUAUCAUAUGUUUAUUAUAUACAAGUAUAAAUAUUG